AUGCGCGCCAUCCAAGUCAGCUCUUACGUCUCCUCUCCAACCUCACUGACCGUCUCCACCGUUCCCACCCCCCAGCCAAGCCCCGAUAAAUACCUAAUCCGCAUCCGCGCCUGCGGCAUUAAUUUCUUCGACCUCCUCCAGAUCCGCGGCAAAUACCAACACCAACCACCCUUACCCUGGAUCUCCGGCGCCGAGUUUGCCGGCACCGUCAUCUCCGCGCCCACAGCUUCUUCUCGUCCAAGAUUCAAACCAGGCGAUCGCGUCUUCGGCGCAACGCAAGGCGCAUACGCAACGCACAUCCUCGCCCCGGAAUCCGUCCUUCUCCCCAUUCCAGCCAGUUGGAGCUUCGAAGACGCCGCGGGGCUGUACGUCACGGCGCCGACGGCGUAUGGUGCGCUCGUCGCGCGCGUGCACACACAACCGGGAGAAUGGGUGCUCAUCCACGCUGGUGCUGGUGGGGUUGGCCUGUCUGCGGUACAAGUUGCGAAAGCGCUGGGCGCGACUGUGAUCGCCACCGCUGGGACGGAGCGGAAAAGGGAGGUCUGUCGCGAAUAUGGGGCGGAUUAUGUGGUUGAUUAUACGGAUAACGACUGGCCCGGGAAGGUGCGUGAGAUUUGUGGCAAGGAGAGGAGCGGGAAUGGAAGGCAGGGUGUCGAUGUUGUUUAUGACCCUGUGGGGAUGAUUAGUCAGUCGCUGAAGUGUGUGGUGUGGAAUGCGCGGUUGCUUGUUAUCGGGUUUGCGGGCGGGGAGAUUGAGAAAUUGGCGCUGAAUCGGGUAUUGCUGAAGAAUGUGUCGAUCGUGGGAUUGCAUUGGGGCAUGUAUGCUAGUAAGGAGGCGGAAACAGUGGGGGAGGUCUGGAAGGGCAUUUUCAGGUUGAUCGAGGAGGGGAGGUUUAGGGGAAUAACUUAUAAGGAUAGAACAUUUGUGGGGUUGGAGAGUGUUAAGAAUGCCUUGGUGGCUUUGGGUAGGAGGGAGACGUGGGGAAAGGUGGUUGUGAGCGUGAAGGAGGAUGAGAUGGAGGAGGGCAGGGAGGCGAUGGGAAGGCAGAGUAAGCUGUAG